AUGUCUUCUAAAAUAGCUGAGCAUAUGCAAUGGCAUGCAUCAAGAAGUACACAUGAAGGCAUAUUAAGGCAUCCAAGUGAUUCUGAAGCAUGGAAGAACUUUGAUCUAAUGAAUCCUCAAUUUGCUUCAGACCCUCGAAAUGUCAGACUUGGUUUGGCUACUGAUGGGUUCAAUCCAUUUGGUGAUUUGAGAAAUGAUAUUGAUGUAUAUUUAAGGCCAUUAAUAGAAGAAUUAAAAGAGCUAUGGAACACUGGGGUUGAAACUUUUGAUUCACAUAAGAAAGAAGUGUUUCAUAUGCAUGCAACUAUAUUAUGGACUAUUAGUGAUUUUCCUAGUCUUGGAACCUUAUCUGGGUGGAACACACACACUAGGUUGGCUUGCCCUAGGUGUAAUUUUGACACAACUCCUAAGAAGAUUCAAGGGCACAAAUUUAGAUUAUGCUGCAAUCGUUUUGAUGGAAGUGUGGAAACUAGAAAUCCUCCUUUGAGAAUAUCAGGAAUAAAUGUCUUACAAAAAGUUCAGAAUCUUAAUAUUGUAUUUGGGAAAGAACCAGAAGUUGAGGAACGGGGGAAAAGACAAUGGAAAGGUCACCACCCUAUUGAUGGCCCUCUACAAUGGAGAAAAAAGAGUAUAUUUUUUGAACUUCCUUAUUGCGUGAACAAUUUAUUGCACCACAAUCUAGAUGUUAUGCACAUUGAAAAAAAUGUAUGUGAUAAUGUGGUCUAUACAUUAUUGAACCAAGGUAAAAAGUCAAAGGACAACCUAAAGGCACGAAAUGACUUAAAAGAUUGGGAUGUUAGACCUGAUCUUUGGCCUGAUGCAAAUAACAGAUAUCUUCCGGCUAUAUAUACAUUGACAAAAGAAAAUAAACAUAUAUUUAUGAAAACAUUGAAGAACAUCACUGUUCCAGAUGGCUACUCAAGUAACAUUAGUAGAUGUGUUGAUGUCAAACAAUUUAAGCUUGGAGGAUUGAAACACUUGUGCAAUAAAGUUUUAAAAGUGGAUGAACUUAACCAAUUGCAAAAUAGAGUUGUUCCUACAUUAUGUCACAUGGAGAUGUUGUUUCCUCCUGCAUAUUUUACAGUCAUGGUUCAUUUGAUUGUGCAUUUGGUGGAAGAUGCCAAGAUUGAAGGACCUGUCCAAUAUAGGUGGAUGUAUCCCAUUGAGAGAUAUUUGGGAAAAUUGAAGUCUUAUGUGCGUAACAAGGCUCAACCAGAAGGCUCAAUAGCUGAAGGCUACCUAACUGAAGAGUCCUUAACCUUUUGUUCUAGAUAUUUAGAUGGAAUUGAGACUAUAUUUAAUCGAAUAAGGCGUGUUGAUGACGAACCUGACACCAUGGUAUCUAGUGUAAGUGGUUUGUUUCCACCAGUUGGAAAACCAGUUGGGGGUUUUACUUACUUCUCUUUAUCAACAAAGGAAAAGUUACAAGCACAUCGUCAUAUAAAGAAUGACUUAAAUGGACCUUACUCAGAUGAUUUAAAGCUCUUAGCUAUGGGUCCAAUUGAUUGUGCAAAGCGUUACAAUGCUUACAAUGUUAAUGGCUUCAAGUUUCGUACGUUAGAGAGAGAUGAUGGACUUAAAACACAAAACAGUGGAAUAUUUGGUACUUUUGUGACAAGGAGCUAUGUAAGUAGCAUUGACAAUCAAAUGCAAUUUGGGGGUGUGCCUUAUUAUGGAAAAUUGGUAGACAUAAUUGAGAUCAACUAUAAUGGUCGAUUCUCUAUUACUUUGUUCAAAUGUAUGUGGGCUAAUACAACUACUUCUAGAGGGAUUAUAACAGAUGACUUGGGAUUUAGAUUAGUAAACUUUACACGUUUAAUACACAUUGGUGAUAAUGAUGACGACGAACCAAACAUUCAGGCUGCAGAAGCUCAAAUGGUUUAUUAUGUAGUGGAUGAAUUAGAUAAAAAUUGGAGCAUUCCUCUGCAUCUAAAGCCACAAGUCUUAUAUGACAUUGGUGGAGAUAAUGAUGUCACUUUCCAUGAUUGUGAACCAUUUGAACAACAAAAUUUGGAAACUUUAUUUCCAGAUGGAGAAGGGAAUAUACCAUUAACAAGGUCAUACUGA